AUGUCGGAGAUAAAGUUGGGAGGGAGCGAGGAUCAUCCCCAAACGGCCCAGACCAAGAAGGAGAAGAAGGAAAAGAAAGACAAGGAGAAGAAGGACAAGGAGAAAAAGAAGAAGAGAGGGGGCUCGCGCAUCGAACGCCUCUCGCGCGUCGUGAAAGAAAAAGUGCAGGGCAACGCCGGUGGCAACGACUCAACGACCGACGAUGAAGCCAAGGUCGACACCGAGGAAGAUUUUUCGGCAGAUGAGGCGCUCAACAUCGACGACGAGGCGGCGGCAGGAGGAGAUGGAGUGAUGGAGGGCCUGUCGUCAUCUGCUGGCGCGUCGCCGACCUCGGCCAGGCGGCUCACCAUGGCCCAGGUGAAAGAUCGAAGCCUCAGCGCCCAGGCCAAGCGAAAGCGAAGCGCGACGGACGGCGCAACGGCCGCCUCCCUCCUGGGCUCGUUCCGCCGGCCUGGAGCGAGCAAGCUCAAGCGAAGAGAGAAUGCUCCGACGGCGGACGGGGCAGCUGCGGGCCUCGAGGGCGACGAAGAGGCCGCCGCCGCCGUCGCCGUCGAGGGCGACGAACAGGACGAGGGCGCCGGCUCGGCCAAGGCCAAGAAGGACAAGAAGGACAAACAGAAGAAGGGCCACUCGUCCCGCCGCAAGAAGAAGGAGGACAAGAGCCUCCCGCUGCCGACGGCCUCGCGGCACUCGCUGUCGGUCAAGCUCAACGGCGAGGACGCGGAGGGCGAUGCGGAGGGCGACGGCGAGGCGGAGCACGGCGGCGGGCAGCGGGAGGAGGGUGGCAGCGGUGAUGGUGAGGCCAAGGGCAACACGGAGAAGCUGCGGAAGAAUCUGACGCGCUCCGGCUCGAUGGUGGAGCUCAAGAAACAGAUCAAUCACAUCGAUCGCCAAACACUCAACCCAAGAUCAGCCAGCCGCGACUCUGUCACGCCGGCAAAGGAGACGCCUUCGCUCGAACGCUUCGUUUCGCUCAAGAACAUCUCUAUCAACCUGUCAUCGGUCUUCGGCGACGGCAGUGCGCGAGGAGGGAGCAACAGCGACAAGUCGCCCCGUCGCGUGUCGUCCACGCCGGACUCGCUGAUGCAGCCGGCGUCGGCCCGCAAGAUGAACCCGCUGUGGGUCCUCAACCAGAAGGCCAAGAUGGUCGAAGAGGAGAAGGACAAGCGCGAGCGCGAGGAGCGGCGAAAGCGCGAGCGCGAGGUGUUGCCCGUGGGCGAGGACGUCCCCGAGAAGCAGCGACAACGCAACCGGGUGAUCAACGAAAUCGUCAACACCGAACGGGACUACGUCCAGGACCUCAAAAUCAUGCUCACCCUCUUCCGGAUGCCGCUGGACGAAGAGGGCAUUCUCACCAAAGAGGAGUUGAGCACGAUCUUCUCGAACCUGAGCAUGCUCCUGCAUGUCAACUCCGAGCUGUAUGAUGAUAUCUCCAAGAGAGUCAAGGAGACCAACGGCGAAGAGCUCGGCCAGUGCUUUGUCCUACUGGCCGACUAUUUGAAAAUGUACUCCCAGUACUGCAGCAACCAAGCGGCCGCGCGUGAGGCGGUCGUGAACGCCAGCAAGACCAAUCCCCGAUUCCGAGCCUUCCAAGAGAAAAUGGCAGUGAACCCCGAGCUCAACGGCCUCACACUGCGCGACUACCUGAUCAAACCGGUCCAGCGCCUCUGUAAAUAUCCGCUGUUGAUGCGGGAGCUGAUCAAGCACACGGAUGAAGCCCAUGUCGACUACCCGCAUCUGCAAGAGGCCUUCGGCAAGAUCGAAGCCGUCGUGACGUCGGUCAACGAGAAGAAGCAGGCCGACGAGGAUCGAGAGGUCAUCGCCAGGAUCAUCAGCCGACUCUCCAAUACAGAGAAAUUCGGUGUACAGUUGAUGGUGCCCGGCCGACGGCUGGUGCAGGAGGGCAAGCUGAUGGAAGUUGCCAAGGAUCGGUCGGAGAGCUUCCGCCGGCGGUUCUUCCUCUUCACCGAUCUGCUCAUCCUUGCCGAAGACAAGGACAAGCCCGGCUCCUCACGACGGAAGGAUGCGAUGUUGAAGGUGGUAUCCAUGAUUCCCUUCGCUCAAGCCUCGCUCUUGGACCUCCCCGACAAGGGCGACCAGCACCACGUGAUCGAUAUCGCCUACAAGAAGGACGUGACGACGUUGCGUUUCGACAGUGUAGAGGAGAAGCAGGAGUGGCUGACGAGCCUGACCGGCAAGAUGCAGAAGCUGCAGAGCCUCUCGGCCCGCAGCGCCAGCUCCAGCUCGGGCCACUUCGAGGAAUUGGCCUCCAGCGCCGUCCUCGAGCGGGUCAAGGCCCCGUCGCCUCCCUCCGGUCCCUCCACCUUCCCCGCCACCUCCCUCUCCCCUUGA